GUGCUGUUAUCUUCUUACGUUGAUGGAGAUCGGCACUCAAACCGCAUUGCUUAUAUAUAUGCAUCCCCUUACUUCCAACGGACAAUACAGAAGGCCUUCUCUUACCUACAAUUCACAGCCUACAACUGCUCCCAAAGUCUUUAAAAUGUCUCUCGAAGGAAAAGUCGUCCUCAUCACAGGCGGAGCCAAGAACCUCGGCGCAGAAAUUGCGCUGUCCCUAGCCAGCGUUGGCGCUAACUUGGCCUUGCACUACAACUCACCUUCUACUAAGGACAAUGCCGACGCUUUGGCAAAGACAAUCAGCCAGUCAUUCCCCCAGGUGAAACAUGCGUUCUAUCAAGGCGAUCUUACCACCAAAGCAGCAGUUGACAAACUCUUCGAGUCGGUGCUCAAGGAUUUUGGCAAGGUUGAUAUUGUCAUCAACACAAUUGGCAAGGUUCUCAAGAAACCUAUCGCUGAGAUCUCCGAGGCAGAGUACGACAGCAUGUUUGACGUCAACUCGAAGUCAGCUUUCCUGAUUCUCCAAGCUGGCGCAAAGCAUGUCGAAGACGGCGGAAAGAUCAUCACCAUCGUCACCGCCCUUCUCGCUGCCUUCACCGGCUUCUACACCUCAUAUGCCGGAUCCAAAGCGCCCGUUGAGCACUUCACCCGUGGCGUUGCCAAAGAGCUCAUGGGACGCCGGAUCAGCGUUAAUGCUGUCGCGCCUGGACCGAUGGAUACACCUUUCUUCUAUCCUCAGAGCUGAUGAUGCUGUCGCUUCCACAGAGUCAGCGCUGGAGGGUCGAUGAACGGAUGUUAAGGAUAUUGCUCCCCUGUAAAAUUCCCUGUUACUGAGGGGGGAUGGAUUACGGGCCAGACUAUCUUUGCUAAUGGCGGUUAUACCACUCGCUGAGCACUUGAUGCCUGUUGAUACUGUAUCUAAAUUGAAACAAAGUUAUUGACCGUUUUUUGUACCAUUCUUAGGCUAAAGUCGACAUUCCUAUUCGGGAAAUUCUGUUUACACGCAUGUUUUAUCCACUCGUUACAGCCAAGAACACUGAAACAUGGCUGGU